UUAAACUCUCCUCUGUCUACCACAACGUCCUCACUCCUUUCCUCCAUACCCAGUAUUUCCACCUCCAUACUUCUUUCCCCUCCACUGACACGCUGCCAUUUGCCCCAUUGCAAUGGCGCCUACUGUGUCGUCGUCGUCGUCGAAAGGGGCCGUUGCAUGGCGUCCCACAAAAAUAAUGAACAUGCGCGAUUUGUCCAAGGACGAUGACUUUUUGAGCCAUCUGUUGGUCGAGAAACUUGGCACAGGUAAUGUUCCCCUUCUGGUGCACAAAAUGGACCCUUCUCGCCGACUACCCAAGGUCCCGGCGCAGGACUUACUGGAUAUUGUCAGACGCCUCGUCAUAGGCAAAGGAGCCUUGAAUAUCGUCGUUCGUCAAACGGUUGAUGACCUCCUUAGGCUAACACCUAUCCGCUACUAUCUUCAAUCCUACACUCAAAAGCAAAUUAACGCGUUCGCCACACAUGCAUCGCGAUAUUUCGAGCUCUACCAGCCUGCAGGCUCCAUAGAAAUCUCACAUACUUCACGCUAUUCCCAUCGCACUGGGAAAUCCGAACUCUGUAUUCUUGCCACGAAGCCAAUGUCACCUGGGACCGUGAUUACAGAGCUGAAGGGCUCUAUGGCAAAUCUCACGGAGGAAGAAGAUAGAGAGCUGAAACGGACGGACUUACGGAACUUUGACAUUCGGAGGGACUUCAGCGUUAUCCAUUCCAAGUCUAUGAAGAAGAACCACCUUUUUCUUGGCCCGGCCCGAUUUGUGAACCACGAUUGUGACAACAACUGUGAAUUAUUUCGCGAAGGCAGAUAUAUCACGUUUCGAGUCAUUAAACCCAUCGCUAUUGGCGAGGAGAUCACAGCGCACUAUGGCGACGGUUAUUUCGGCAAGAAGAACCGUCAUUGUUUAUGCGAGACGUGUGAGAAGAAAGGGCGCGGCGGUUAUGCGCCAGAUCACGACGACAACGAGGCAGAAAUGUCAGAUUCUAGUACGGAUACUGAUGACGAGUCGGGUACAGUUUCCAAUGCUGGAGAUUUAGGCAGGGAAGCGACGAGAAAGAAAAAUCUGGAUGAACGACGCACACGACGUGGCGUGUAUGCUGUGAUGAAUAAGGAAGAAGAUCUUUCAGACGAAAGCGAAAACGAGGAGGAGAACAUUUUACCGCUCGCUGGUGCUCCCGAUAUUCCUGCCGCGGUGGAGAUUGAACUCGCAGCAGAAGUCGGUUCAGAAUUAACUUCGUUGUCGUCAUCCACACCGCUUUCGGAUGUGAUCCAGCUAAUCGCAUCAACCUCUUCAGCAUCUCGUUCGACGUCAUCCCUCAGCUCCUUAUCCAGCUCAGUCUCAGCUGUCGAAGAAAAUACGACAUUGUCGACUCCGCAAAGCAACUCGUCUACUCCUUAUCGUUCCAUUAUUUCAACACGUCUUCAGAAAGCACAACAGGACUCUCCCUUGACGGCUUCUCCCUCUCGAAAUCGAUCAACCUCGAAACGAGCUACACGAUCUACAUCCAUCCAGCUUUAUCCAUCGAAAGGCAAAGGAAAGGCCAAGGCUGUCGAGACGCCGAGUCAUUCAUUGCCUUCUACACCGGUCCGAUUGGAUAAGGGGAAAGAGAAGGAAGGAAGUAUAAAGAUUAAGAAGGAGGAGGUUGAGAUCCGAGUUCUUCGUACUAAGCCCUCAGUCUCUUCGUCACACCAGGAUGACCAGAGAAACAUUUCAUCAAGGCCUCAAGGAGUUCCCAAGGGCCCAGAUGGGAAGCCUCUUCCCUUAUGCAUGACCUGCAAGAAUGUCCUUCCGGUGAUUUCUGUAGAUUCCAAGGUAGUCUGGGGACUCGGCAUGGAGAAAAAGAAGAAGUUGAAGCAAGAAUGUCCUCGCUGCAUGCGGCACAUGGCCAUUUACGGACAACCUUGGCCUCGAAGAAUCCCACUUCCAGGCGCAGCUUCUUUCGUUGUGACACCAAGCGAGGACAACCCUUCAGUCGAGACCUUGCGUCGAGUUACUCAUAAUGCUUUACCGACUCUGGAUCGCAAACUUGCCGCUGCUGCCUCUAAACGAAUACGGCAUGACGAAUCCAGUUUGGAAGAGCCGGUGUCUAAGAAAUCAAGAUUGAGCCUGUCUUUGUCGCCGGGAAAGGGCCGCAGUCGAGGCAGCGAGGGCAACGAAACCCCGAUCAGUGAACCUCCCAAGCGCAAGCGUGGCCGACCACGUUUAACAUCCCCUCGCCCUACUAAAAAGGCUCAGGUGAUAAUUAAGCUUGAGGAGGAGGAAGUCACUCUCCAUUCAUUCAAGGAUCAACCUCGUCGUUCCAAUGGACAAUUCGGCGGGAAGUCCAAUUCCGUUCCCCGAGCUGCUUCGCAAACCGAAGCUUCUCCAAUUCGUAACAGAGAGCAAAGAGCACUUGAGAGGGAGAAGCUGAGGGCCAAACUUGAAAAGGGCUCUAAACGGUCGGGCGAGUCUGAAGUGAACGAUCCUCCUUCUAGCAAGAGGCGGCGAUGGGAUGAUGAAGGCCACAAGGUUCCUCUCCAAAGAAUGGUCCCAAAGCCAUCACCGUUUAGGACUCUUAGCGGUUUGAUGUCAAAGCCUAACCCGAUGCGCUUCGCUACUCAAGCGUGGGCAGGCCCCUUAGUUGCGGAGGAUGGCGCAUCAUCUGAGGAAGACAAAGGACCCGAUACUCUAGAGGAUGCCGCUUUACCACCUGCUGUCAUUGACAUUACCACUGGCUUUGAUUCCGAGAAGUCCAGUGCAACAGUGGGAAUGAUACCUUCACUGACCUAUAAGCCGAGUCCAUUCAACUUUGCACGACGCAAGUGGUCUUCCAUGUCCAGGCCUCCUACAGAAGAACCAACGCCGCAACGCGAAGACGAGGCUUCUGAGUUCGACUUGGAGAGUUUGUCCACGCUUAGUUCUUCUGAGGCUACCACUCCAAUUACACCCCCUUCCUCAAUAGCCGAAACCUUGCUGGAAACCAACCAGUUCUUUAUGGAUUCAAAGCCAGCGCCAACCCGCUUAAUGACGACGAGCAGGUGGGACGAAGUGUAUUCUUCAGAUGAGGAAGAUACGCUUCAUUUUAUACCCCCGCCCAUUUCUCCCCCAAGCUUCGUCCAAUAUUCGGCAAUUGUUGCUGCAGACAAGCAACGUCAGCAACUUGAUGUUCUGGGGAAGCUUUCCGCCUCUGAUAAAUCACUCACUCGCAUAUCGUCGCGAUUUCUUUCUUCUCAUCUUUCUGAUUCUCCCCCGAGCCUUAUCAGCGCAGGCUGGGACGAUGACUUAUGAUAUAAUGUUAUUGUUUCUCGUCAACUUCGUUAGCGUUUCUUGCAAUUGAACUGUAUUUAUACUCAGGUAAAUACCUAAUUGUUGUAAUUCGCGUUUGAUUAUGUCCAUAUACAGGUCGUAAUGUUAAUUCAUACCCUAAUGUCG